CAUACAUACGAAUAAAAGAACCCGCCAUCUUCACUGUGUGCUGAGCCAUCAUCACUGUGUGUGUGAUCGCAGAUAUUUGAGUAAAUUCUAAAGCUGUUUUUGGUUUUCCACUGAAAAUAUCGACAUUUGUUUCGUACUGCUAGAAGCUGACCAGCAUGAGACGAAUUCGUGUCAAACUCUCUCUGUUUGUUCUCCUUUCCUUACCGGUAAUAAGCAUCAUUCUCAUAUUAAGUCGUGCUGCUCUGACAACGAUUCUAGACACACCCUGGGACAACCCAAAAGUCAGUGGACAACACAGCAUUCACCAUGAUGUCACCUCUGCCGCAGCGACCUGGCCGAGCUUCAACCUCAUCCCCAACCCCCGUAACACCAAGGACAUCGCCCGCCAAGUGUCUGGGCCGGUCGCAAAGGGUUUGCCCGGCCGGUGGCUGCACCAACGCGGCAACAUGGGCCUGACCAGCUACAAAACCUCAAAAAUUUCUGUGGUCCCGGCCACAGUCACAGAGGGGCAGAUGCUUCACGUGAUGAUAGAGGCACGCGACCAGAAUAAUCGACCGCGUAAUAUGGGCGGCGACUUCUGGUGCGCCACCCUCACUACCAAGGGUGGAGGCUACACGGCCGGUCGAGUGCUAGACCACUCCAACGGCUCGUACAGCGUCUACUUCUUCGCCGGCUGGUCGGGCACGGCCAACAUCGACGUCACGCUAGUCCAUCCCAGUGAGACCGUGGACUACCUUGUGCACACUGUGUGGCACGCCUACGACCGCAUCGUCUGGCUCGGAAGGUUCGAGGAAGGGGACAAGAAGUCCACCACGACCUGCGUGCUCAGGCGGGGAGGGCCCUGGCGGGGCAAGUGCGAGCUGUCGCACCCGUACGCCCUUGGCAAAACGGUGCUUCUCUGCGACCAACCCGCCCACGGGCUGAAGUGUGACUCCAUCGUGGCAGUCUAUAACAAUAACACUCGCAUCCGAGAGAGGGCGCGCGAGCUAAGAAGGGGAAAGGAGCAUCUGUUUAAAGGCGAUAACUACUCAAAGAAGUUGAAGGCGAGUCCUAAAACUAUCAACAUUACAAACACAACCAACUUAGUCAAGGAUCAUCUGAUGAGGCAGAUACCAGUGUGCGAGCCGGACCAGCCCAGGCCACUCAGCUCCGGCUACUGGCGAGACUCUGAAACGUGGGUGUCCCUCGCUUGCCGAAGCAGACAGUGGNGGGAGACAUUUCGGGGGACAGGGGCGUGGUUCCUGGACAUCUGGGACAUGAACUUGGCCUACCCGACAUCCAAGGUUGUACAUAUGCCCCACGAGGUUGUUGAACAAGAACUGAGUAUGUUUCUGUCGUAUGUUUGUCGCAAACUUAGAUUAGCACUAAACAUGUGAGUUCCGAAUUAAGUUUUAAACCUUGGGCCUCUGCGGACCCAUUGGGGAUUCCGUACAUCCUCGAAUGUUUAUCGAAUGCUAAGAAUUUUAAAGUACCGUAGUGGCAAGGGCCUGGUGGCAGUGUAUGUUUCACGUGCUCUUUGGACUAAUUGAGGAGGGAUUGAUUAAUUGCCGAGCGCAAUCAGACGAUCUGGGCAAUCGCUCGAUAUUCGCGACGAUCUGCCGAUCUUCAUGGUUUGCCGAUAAUUCUGCCUUUAGCCAAUAGCCUUUCUUUCUAAUUCUUGAUUGUGGAAAACUGUUUCGAAAUGGAAGUAGAGCUGAAAAUUUCACACAGGAUUGAGCGAUUGUGCGACGUCAUCGCCCGAUUGCGCUGCUCGACCUGUACUCGGGCCCAGCAAUUAUCAUUCCAUCGAAGUAACAUAUCAAGGUCGUCUUGCGGGCACUGUAGCUAUAAUUUGGCCUUUCAGCCCCUCCAAUUUUCCGUCAGUUUGUAGUGCAAUGUUUUCAAAUGUUAUUACCUCUCCAGAGGCGGACCCACGAAUUUUCCCAAGGGGGGUCAGGCCCGAGAUAUUUUUAAUAUCUCGGGGUUUUUGGCGGACAAGCGGAAACGAUGAUAAAAUGUUACAUGACAUACAGUGUAUUGCACCAAUGUUAUUGGUCCACUUACUUGAGAUAUUUUUUUUUAAUUAGUUUGCCCCUUUCCCUUUUUUUGAGCGGGGGGGUUCGACUCCCAAAUUCCCCCUCCACCGGAUCCGCGUCCGUCUCAAGGCCCAAAGGCCGAUUUGCGUCUCCAUGUCUCAUUGAUGCAUGUAUCGCACACCCUACUAUUUUUUGAUAUAAAAGUCAUAUUUAUAACGUACUUAGGCUUUUAAUAUUUUAGGUGACACGUGACUAUACGCGUGACUCCCGAAGUGAGUGUAGGCCUUGGACAUGUGCAUCCUUUCUCAGACAAUAAAAAAAUAUAUCUUUUGUUUGAUUCCUAAGAGAGUGAGAAAGUAGUUUUAGGUCUCAAGAGUCCAGAGUACUAUCCUUGUGCCGUUUUUCCUUCAGUAAAUCCCAUUAAAUCGU